UCGAAUAACUUUCUAUCCACGUGUGGACGAUAAAGUAAAAUAUAAUUUUCAAUUAAAAUAAUUAAUUAAGUGUAUAAAAAUUAAAUAAAUAAAUAAAAAUGGUGUUAGACUUGGAUUUGUUCCGUGAAGACAAAGGGUCGAAUGUUGAAUUAGUUAGAGAAAACCAGCGCAAAAGAUUCAAAGAUGUUGGUCUUGUCGAGUUAGUUAUUGAAAAAGAUAAAAUUUGGCGUCAAUGCCGUCACCGUGCUGACAAUUACAAUAAAUUAAAAAAUUUAUGUUCGAAAAUAAUUGGAGAUAAAAUGAAAAAUAAGGAAGCUAUUGGAGAUGACGAUACACUUCCUGAUAAUAUAAUUAAUGACUUGGAGUCGAUUAAUACUGAUAACCUCAAAGAGCUGACGGUCUUUAAGAUUAAAAAAAUCCGUAGUCUCAUUGACGAGGCGAUUAUCAAGAAUGAGGAUGAGUUGAAGAAAGUUGAACAGGAUCGUAAUUCUGCUUUGCGAGAAGUCGGCAAUCAUUUGGAUGCUUCCGUUCCUGUUAGUAAUGAUGAAGAGGAAAAUAAAAUUGAAAGAACAUAUGGAAAUAUAACGGAACAAAAAAAAUAUUCUCACUAUGAUCUGAUCCACAUGAUCGACGGGAUGGACGGAAUACGUGGAGCUGCGGUAUCUGGAGGCCGUGGUUAUUUUCUGACGGGUCCUGCUGUUUUUUUGGAGCACGCAUUGAUACAGCUCGCUUUACGUAAAUUAGAUGCAAAGGGUUACAAACCUCUGUACACUCCAUUUUUUAUGCGCAAAGAUGCAAUGCAAGAAGUUGCUCAGCUGGCCCAAUUCGACGAGGAACUUUACAAAGUUAUUGGUAAGGGCGACAAUGACAGCAAAGAAACAGAAGAAAAAUAUUUAAUUGCAACUUCUGAGCAACCAAUUGCCGCUUUUCAUCGGAAUGAGUGGAUACCCGAGAGUGAGUUGCCCAUCAGAUACGCGGGAUUUUCGACCUGUUUUCGUCAAGAAGUCGGUUCUCAUGGUCGUGAUACCCGGGGAAUUUUCCGCGUCCAUCAGUUUGAAAAAGUUGAACAGUUUUGUUUGACUUCUCCUCAUGACAAUAAGUCAUGGGAAAUGAUGGACGAGAUGAUAGCUAAUGCCGAGGAAUUUUAUCAAGAUCUGGGAAUUCCCUACAGAGUUGUUAAUAUUGUUUCUGGUGCAUUGAAUCAUGCUGCAUCAAAAAAAUUAGAUCUUGAAGCAUGGUUUCCUGGUUCUAAAGCAUUCAGAGAGCUGGUAUCUUGUAGUAAUUGUCUUGAUUAUCAAGCAAGACGUUUACUCGUACGUUAUGGGCAAACUAAAAAGAUGAACACAGCUGUCGAUUACGUCCAUAUGUUAAAUGCAACAAUGUGUGCAACAACACGUGUCAUUUGCGCAAUAUUGGAGGUCAAUCAAACAGAGACUGGAAUUAAGAUACCACCAGCACUCGCGGCACUUAUGCCCGAUAAAUAUCGAGAUGAGAUUCCAUUUGUAAAACCAGCUCCGAUUGACGAAGCCGAGUCGAAAAAACAGAAAAAACAACGAGAAAAUAUGUCCAAGUGAUUUAACACUCCCAAACAAUAAUUUUAAAUAAUUAUAUUACAUGCUUAUUGCAUUUAAUUUUUGUAUCUGCUUUUUUAUGUAGUACAAUAAAUUUAUUUAUAAUAUCAA